AUGACGUGGACUAAAGAUGGGAAAACCGUGGCUGAAGGAGACACACUGAGUUUUAGAACAAACAGAACUCAAUCUGGAAAAUACUGGUGUUCGGCAGAGAAUGGAGUGAAGCCUUCUGUAAAUGCUAGCGCUAAUCUUGAUGUCCAGUCUCCUGCAACUUCUCCGCCGAAACCUUGUAAAGAACAUCUCGAUGUCGCCGUCAUAAUUGACUCCUCGGAUAGAAUAAGUCCUGCAGGUUACGAUUUAGUGCGGCAAUAUUUAAUUCGACUGGCUGAUAGACUUCAGAUCUCUGGAGCAGGAACGCAUAUGGCGAUCCUCCCUUACAGCUGGGAGGCACACACCUGGCACAGAUACGUGUUGCGAGUGAAAGGGUUCUCUCAUAUUUCCAGAUUUAGUGAUAACCAAACAAUUUCUGCGGUGAAGUCUAAAGCUAACAGCCUGCCGCACAGUCGAGGAGGUUCAAGAACAGAUAGAGCCCUGGAACUAGCAGCGCAAGAUCUUUUUGGCUGGGAAGAUAGUGGCGACAGACCAGAUAAACCAAAUGUAUUGAUUGUGCUUACACAUGGAACUACAUACGAAGGAAACAAGCCUCUCGCUCGGGUAGUUCCUCCUUUAGAUGAGGCCAAAGUGAGAAGGAUUGCCGUUGGAGCUGGAUAUGGAUUCCGUGAGCACGAACUUGGAAAAAUCGCCAGCAAUUCUAGCUAUGUUCUAAAAGUUUUUGGAGUCAACGAGAUGUUCUCCAAACUAGAGAAUGUGAUAAAUCUGGCUUGCGACGAGCAAGAUAUUGGUGAUUGCGGUGAAUGGGGAUCCUACGGAGCCUGUAGUAAGACUUGUGGUGGCGGAUUCCAAGUUCGCACAAGGACUUGUCCGGAAAACAGUCUUAAUUUGAGGAAACAAAAGAAACACUGCAAUGACAAGCUCUGUCCAGGACAAAAACUGUGCGAGGAUAAGGAGGAAAAUUGUCCAAUUAGGGCUGCCUCAGGAGACUGUUGGAAAACAGCUCAACCGUCGGAUACGUUUUACGUGGGUAAGAGGUUUCCUCUGUGGGACAUCUGCCCUAAGAGCUGUCGACGAUGUCAUGUGGAUCCAUGUCAAGAUAGCGAUCCUUAUGUUUGUCCUUGGUGGUCACAAGCGAGAGAAAACAAAAGGAAAUGCAGGUUCAUUUUCCCAUCAGGAGGCCGAAUAGCAACACUAAAAGAGAUGUGCCAGAGGAGCUGUCGUCAGUGUCCAGCCACAGGAGAUUGCAAGGAUGCAUUUCCCAGAUGCUACUCUUUUGUUCGUUUGAGAGGAUGUCGCCAUCGCCGAGUAAAACAGAACUGCCCUAAGAGCUGCGGUUUGUGUGGUGGUGGUAGUCCUGCUGGGGAUUUUGGCAAUGAUAAUGUUUGGCCAAAUAUUCAUGGAAACCGUCAUCCUGGUAACGUUGUACAUGGUAAAGUGUACCCAUGGGGACGUUGAAACAUUGAUUGAAAUUGAACCACAAGAAACAGCAAGAAAAUAUCAGUUGAUAUUCUCUGGGAAACGGUUAUCUGCUGUGAUUUUCAAGGUUCUACUGAUAUCCGUUUGAAAGAUUACUAGAAGCACUAAACGAUGAAAUACUCCAUUUCAUAAUGUUUAUUUUAGUUGUUUACUCCUUACCGAUCAACUUGAAAAUAUCUUGCGCGCACAUGAAUACCGUAAGAGGAAUUAAUUGUGAAGUUAAUAAAAGACAUUUGUUUUGUUUUUACGAAUGAGGAGUAAAAGGAUA